AUGGAAAUGGCUUCCGGAACCACUAGCCCAUCCCACAGAUCGGCUCAUUCUCGUCAACGGCCUGUCUUCUCGGCGCGUUCGGCCACAGAGGACGCAUCUAGAUUGGCUCCUAAUGAGGCAUCUCCAGAGACUAUUCGACGGUUGCCUUCUCACUCGGAGAAUCCAUACGAACCGAUGACAUCAGCUUCGAGAUUGUCCCCUCGACAAUUUAAUCGGACAAGUGCAUUUUUCGACGGUGUGUCCCAAUGGUUCGCUCGUCCAGGCCCUGAGCCGCGACGGGAUAUUUAUACGACCUCGACACAGUCGACUGAUGCGAAUGAUCCUUUUGUGGAAGUAGCCCCAGACCAGAGGAAGGAUCGAAGAUCUCAUGACCUUCGUGUAGGCAUGGCUGCUCCAUCGAAUAAGCUAGGCACCUUCUCUGGCGUUUUUGUGCCCACUACUCUAAACGUUCUGAGUAUUCUUAUGUUCCUUCGUUUUGGAUUUGUUCUUGGGCAGAGUGGUGUUCUUGGGAUGAUGGGAAUGCUUAUCGCAUCGUACAUUAUUGACCUUUUGACGACAAUGUCCAUCUCAGCAAUUGCAACCAACGGAACAGUACGCGGUGGUGGUGCUUACUAUCUUAUAUCUCGCUCUCUGGGACCAGAAUUCGGUGGCUCUAUUGGGAUCGUGUUCUAUAUGGGGCUCAUCUUCAACACUGGCAUGAAUGCACUCGGUUUAGUCAACUGUAUUAUCGAGAACUUUGGUGUGGAAUCCGGAUCAUGGUCGAAUUUCUUGCAGGAAGGUUUUUGGUGGAACUAUCUCUGGGGUUCGAUUGUCCUCCUUGUCUGCGCAGCAAUUUGCUUUGCUGGUAGCUCCAUCUUUGCCCGAGCCAGCAACGGUCUACUUGCUAUCCUAUUGAUUUCGACGUUCAGCAUCCCACUCUCGGCGCUGGUCCUACAACCUUUCAAGUCGAGUGAAUUGGGAGUUGAGUUCACUGGGUAUAGCAUGAAGACAUUUUUGGACAACUUGAAGCCUCAUCUUACUAAAGGUGCUGCUGGAAGUCAAUUGCCGCACCGGGAGAACUUUCAAGAUCUCUUUGGCAUUCUUUUUCCAGCGACUAGCGGUAUAUUUGCUGGUGCCAAUAUGUCCGGAGAUUUGAAAAACCCUAGCAGAUCCAUUCCUACAGGAACACUUUCAGGAUUGCUCUUGACAUUCUUUACCUAUGCAGCUGUCAUUCUGUCGAUGGCCGCUUCAAUAACGAGACAGUCAUUUUACAACAAUGUCAAUGUCAUUCAGGUCACGAAUGUGUCUGGAACUCUUGUCUUGCUAGGAGAAUUCGCGGCUUCCUUUUUCUCGUCGCUAUCUGGUCUUAUCGGCUCAGCCAAGCUUCUGCAAGCCAUUUCACGAGAUAAUCUAGUCCCAGGUCUGACAAUUUUCGGCAAGGCUGGCAACAAAAGCGACGACCCUAUCCUGGCCAUCAUUUUUUCGUAUAUCGUUGCACAAAUUACCAUGCUUUUCGACAUCAACAAGAUUGCUUCAUUCACGGCCAUGACUUAUCUCAUGACGUUUUUGGCUAUCAACCUUGCUUGCUUUCUCUUAAAGAUUGGCUCUGCGCCAAACUUUCGACCAUCAUUCCACUAUUUCAAUUGGGUCACAGCUGCAUUGGGUGCCGUGUUUAGUCUUGCCAGCAUGUUUUUCGUCGAUGGAGUCUACGCCACUGGGUGCAUUGUCAUACUAAUCUUUUUGUUUGUGCUCAUCCACUAUACUUCUCCACCAAAGUCCUGGGGAGACGUCAGUCAGAGUCUGAUCUAUCAUCAGGUCAGGAAAUACCUGCUCCGACUCAAGCAGGAACACGUCAAGUUCUGGCGACCUCAGAUUCUCUUGUUUGUGAACGACAUAGAUGCGCAGUAUAAAAUGGUCCAUUUCUGUAAUUCGUUGAAGAAAGGAGCACUUUUUGUCCUUGGUCAUGUCAUUGUGACGGAUGACUUCACCACCGCAGUCCCAGAGGCACGUCGGCGACAAGCAGCCUGGACCAAGUAUAUUGAGUAUUCGAAAGUGAAGGCAUUCACAAAUAUCACCGUGGCACCGACAGCGGAGUGGGGGGUUCGCAACAUUGUUCUAAAUUCUGGUCUCGGCGGCAUGAGGCCUAACAUCGUGAUUAUUGAUGAGUACCGGCAGAAUCAAAGCAUAGGAGACAUAUUCAAAAAGCAGCGAAGAAGACAUUCCAAGGCUAUGACUGUUACGUUGAAUCGGCAGGAGUCAGAUGAGUCGGACAUCACAAGCUCCACGAGUGCACAAACAUAUAUCACAAUUCUCGAAGAUUUACUAUUCAAGCUGCGAAUCAACGUUGCCGUUGCAAAGGGCUUUGAUAACUUGGAGCUACCCAAUCCUGGUGGAAAAAAUGGAAAGACAUUCAUUGACCUCUGGCCCAUACAAAUGUCUGCAGAGCUCGCUGCGGAUCGCCAAAACGUCUUGACUACGAACUUCGAUACAUACACACUUAUCCUACAGCUUGGCUGUAUCUUGAACACAGUGCCGUCAUGGAAGAAGAGCUACAAGUUGCGUGUGGCGGUUUUCGUGGAGUAUGAAAGUGACGUCGAGGAAGAACGCGGUAGAGUAUCAGCGCUUUUGGAGAAGCUUCGAAUUGAGGCCAAAGUGCUUGUUUAUUGUCUGGCUGGUGGCGAGUUACAAACAUAUCAGAUAGUUGUCAACGGUGAUACGUCCUCCGCAAGUGAGGAUACAUUGGAAGAUGUGAACACUGUCCUCAAAGACGAGAGCUGGUGGCAUGACAUUCAGGAAUACCGCGACAAGGCCAGCAGCAGUACUCAGCAACCCGGCCAAUCAUCCGGUGCAGCAGAUCUACUAGGUAAUUUAUCCCACUGGCCUGUUGCGUCGUUUCAACAGGGAGCACAGCGGCAAGCAGCGCCGAGGUUCGAAGGUAUCAAGAAUUUUGUACGGUCCGACAGACAACAACGAAGGAAAUCAAUCUCUAGUUUUAGAGGUUUGAAUGUGAAUAUGGGUAUGCAGACGAGCAGACUACUCGAUGCCAUGGUAAACUACCAGUCCGACGAAAGUGAGGACUCAAGCAGCACCGACGACGAAGAGCAGGAACCGUACGUGAGCGAUAGCGAGGACGGGUCUACGACACCGCGUACUGGAGCAGCAACACCGGCGAUCAGAACCACAAAAGAGACACCGGAGAAUCUAUCACCUAGCAAUACAUCUUUCCUGCAGAGCCAAAACUUGCAGGACGAAGUCGCUGAGCAGACCAACAAUGCCCUCCGAUCAAACAGCGCCGGAAGUUCGACCGACACCGUGACACCCGCCGGUCUCGCAGGACAAUCAACAUCAUCCCUGUCACGGCCCAUGUUCAGUCGCGCCCCAUCCGGAAACCGAUUCUCCUCAUCACCCAUCCCAGAAACACGAGUCAAUCAAGCUGAAGACACAGGUCCAUCAAUCAUGUUCUCCGAAUCACCGCCACCGCGACGACCAUUCGACGGUAGCCUGGUCUCUGACGACACCCAACCGCGCGAAUCAAUCUACGUUCAUCACCGCCCAACAACCACCCAAUCCUCCUCCUCUCGCCCUGCCCCGGCGACAACUGGGCCAGCAUCCGGCUUUCCCAGCCAAGCCGCCAUGCCGCUCUCUUUCAACGACCUCCCCUGCCGCGCCCAACACUUGAUUCUCAAUGAACUCAUAACCCGCCAAAGCCACGAAACCGCCGUGAUGUUCACAACCCUCCCUUCCCCUAUCGAGGGCACAUAUCUCGACAAUGUGGCCAGUGAGGCGUACUAA